GUUCUCAUAGAGCUUUGCUUUGUGGGUAGACUUCAGGGGGACUUUACUUCAGCCAGUUUUGCUGAUAGUCUGCCGUGAAAAUUGCACUGUCAUUAUUUCCUUUUGUUAUAAGACUACUUAGAAGAUGACGAUGACAGCGAUCUGUUUUUCUGCUCUGAGAUUCUGGCUGUGUUUGCUAGGGAGAAAUACGUUGGGUCAGUCUUAUUCGGACACUGUCAACAUCAUGGUGGACAUCGUUGAGAACAAGGACUACCACACAGAGGUGCGGCCACUCAAAGAUCAGCUGCAGGUCAUCGACGUCGACGUGGACUUUGAGCUGGUCUCCAUUGUGAACAUCGAUGACGUCGCUCAGAGUUUCAAUAUCAACGGCUUCUUGCUGUUUACCUGGCAGGACGAGAUGCUGACCUGGGAUCCGUACCGAUAUGGUAACCAGACAAUCAUCCACCCCAAACCGGAACAGAUCUGGAGGCCUAGAGUUGUACUCUUGAAUACUCUUGGAGACAGGGAUCUUUUCAAGGAUGAUAUAGCUCCAGUGGCUGUAGACUAUGCAGGUUAUGUUUACUGGGCACCUGGAGGAUUAAUUCCAGCAUCGUGUGAACUGCACAUGAGUGAUUAUCCUUUCGAUCAACAAAAGUGUAUUAUUACGGCAAGUACAUUAUUUAAUGUAAUAUAA